GGUUAUCCGUCCCCUUGGAACCCCCUUCCCCCUGGUUUGAAAUAGGGCUGAAAACUCCAAGCAUGUCGGACUCCAAGGACCCGGUGCCCAAGGCUGAUAUUACCAAUAAGAACAUUGAAGCCGGGGUCCUCACAGUCUGCCCGGAGUGAUCGAACCGAAACUGCGGAGAACCGGGCUCAGCGUCCCUCAAAUGGUUAUGAUGGUGAUGGUGACCAUGAUGAUACUAAGGAUACCACAGAUGGAAGAUUAAGCUAUAUCCGCUAUUCUGGCCUCCUAAUCCUAAAACAACUCCUAGCCAUCCCUAAACCAGGACAUUGUACCUCAGAGACAAAACCAACCUAACCAAUGUCAACCAUAGCUGAUCUCUUCUCGCCUCCUUGCAGCCCCCCCCGGUUCACCAUGGAAUGCCUUCCACCCUCAGCAAACCCCAGAUCUCUCUACAAGGCCUCUCACUCCUGYCAUUACAGGUUACAGGGCAACGCCCCAGCUCCGGCCAGCGUCGUUCUGGCAUCGGCAAACCAAGGGCACAGAACAGAGCAACUCAGUAAAUAUCAGUACAGGUUCAUUCAUCUCUGAAGUUCUAUAUCCCGRAUGURAAAGAAGGCUAGAAGCUGCCAAAAUUUCAGAGCACAAAAAARCUUWAUAUAACAAUAAUCAAAUGAUGAUACUAAUGAUGAUGAAGAUGACGAUGAUAAAAAUGAAUAUGAUGAUGAUGAAUAAGUGUAUCGAAGAGUAUAUUAUAACARCACUUCUGGCCUCCUAAUCCUAGACCCUCCCAGCCMUCCCUGCACCAGGACAUUACAUCUCWGAGACAAUACCCUCYUAGCCMAUGUCYACCAUAGCUGACCUGUUUUCGCCACCUAGACUAACCUUGGCCCCGUAGGUAGUCAAAGACAGCCCCCCCGGUUCGCCAAUGGAUUGCCUUCCUCCCUCGGCUAAUCCCCAGAUCUCWYUACAAGGCCUCACACUCCUGCCAAUUGCAGGUUACAGGGCAACGCCCCAGCUCUGGCCAGCGUYGUUCUGGCAUCGCCAAACCAGGGGCAACGACAAAGCAACUAUGAAGAUAUCAGUCCAGAUUCGAUCAUCUCUGAAAUCCUAUGUCCUGAUUAAGGAAGGAGGCCAGAUACAGCCAAGAAUUACCGCACACCAGAAAGCAUGAAAUAACAUAGAUGAUGAUGAUGAUGACGUGAUCUCCCCUCUCCCUUCCUUCCUCCAUUCUCUCCAUUCCCUUAUCUAUCCCUUUACCCUAAUCUGCCCCCGCUGGGAUUUGAUGCCCAGCCCCAGAAAAGAGUAAUCCUCACAAUCUGCCCAAUCCCCCUCCGGGGUUUCACCACCCACCUAAUGAAACCCCUUCAGAGCUGGGCUCUCCCCCUCCCCCUCACUGAAAUGUCAUUCACUUAGAUUUUGUAGGAUUUUGUUGAUGACAAAGGACAGUCCCCUGAAAGUAAUGAUAAUGAGGUUGAUGGUGACGACCCACUCACCUGCUGAAGCGCAAGGCAAACAAUGCCUUAAAAAGCAAAAACAUCCUCAUAAUGGUAAUAAUGAUAAUGAUUAUGAUGAUGGCAAUGACGAUGAUGAUGUUGAUAAAUGAUACUGAUGAUGAUGAUGAUGAUGAUGAUGAUGCUGAUGAUGAUAACUAUGAUGAUGAUGAUAACGAUGAUGAUGAUGAUGAUGACGAACCAAAGAUGAUGCACAAUGAUAAUGAUGAUGAUGAUAGUGUCAGUAAUGCUUUUGCUGCUGCUGAUGAUGAUGAUGAUGAUGAUGAUGAUGAUGAUGAUGAUGAUGAUGACGCACCAAUGAAGAACGCUGCUGCUGCUGCUGCUGCUGCUGAUGUCAAUAACGCUGCUGCUGUUGUCAAUAACGCUGCUGAUAUCAAUAACGCUGCUGCUGUUGUCAAUAACGCUGCUGAUAUCAAUAACGCUGCUGNAUAACGCUGCUGCUGUUGUCAAUAACGCUGCUGCUGUUGUCAAUAACGCUGCUGAUAUCAAUAACGCUGCUGCUGUUGUCAAUAACGCUGCUGAUGUCAAUAACACUGAUGAAGAUGAUGAUGAUGAUGACACACCAAUGAAGAUGUCAAUAACGCUGCUGCUGUUGCUGAUGAUGAUGGUGAUGAUGAUGACGCAAGUUUGCCGUACCCAUUCCGCUGGAACCAAUAAAGCACGCCAGCCUCCAUACUGAUGAUGAUGAUGAUGAUGAUGACGAUGAUGAUAAUGAUGAUAAUGAUGAUAAUGAUGAAGAUAAUGGAGAUGACAACCUGACGAUUAUACUUCCUCCAUACGUAUUGAAGAGUAACCUCAUCGGAUAUAUAGUAGUUCGUGAUCACUACCUGCUGUGCAGUUUACACUCUCAUCUACCCGUUCACACUUUUCCUCCUUUCAGAUCUCCCGCCCGAACAAUGGUCCAGAUGGAUACGAAAGGAGCAUUUCACUCCCUUUCCUCCAAAGCGUACUCAUGAGCACACCCGCCAGCCUGUCAUGGCUGUGUCCAGUGACCCCACUCAGUUAGGAGAUAGCAAUCACCACUUCCCCACCCUUGUCGUCGCAUACUCUCACAUAAUGUCCUCCAAGAAGCAGGGCAGGAGCGACGCGCGCGGUUUCCACUAAAAAGCUGCUUGCAACAUUAAUUCGCGCGAUGGCGCGAGCGCAACGUGCCUCGGUGUACUGACGCGAACGGCGAUGGUGCGACCGCAUUCAAAGAGAGCAACACACAGCUAUGGCGUGACCGCAUUCAGGAAGAGUGAUGCCCAGGGCGCAGCGCUGCUGAGAGCGCUGCGCCCUCCCGGCGGUGAGAAGGUCCGAUCUUCCAACAAAGAAGUCUGCUAUCA